AUGGAAACGCUGAAAAGGCAUGACUUUAGACACUCUGACCUUGACCGCGGUGGCAUGACCUACCACUCGUUGCCUCAGACUUGCAACACUGCAGAAAUCCGUCUUUGCGAUAGCACUGACUUUGAAAACCAAAUUCGAAAUUGGGUGCCCUUGCGUGAUGUACUUCAAGGCGAGGGUAAUUACGGCCCCAAAGCGCUCUUCUACACAAGCCGUGAUACAUUUGUCUCUGCUUCUGCCCCCAAGCGGGUGGAUCUGGGUGGAGGACGCGAGGAUCCAGUAAUGGCAAAACGCCUUUUCAACCUUGAGACCAUAAAACGGCAAGAAGCGAGAUCCCUUUCUACUGCAUUGCUUUGCCUGCGCCGUGAACGCCUUUGUCAGGUCCUUCGAUGCGACUCAAGGCGAGAUGAACAACAUCAGCCAUGCCAUCAAGCCUCAACACUGUCUUCAAUAAUUUCGGCACUUCCGCCUCUUUUGCCGUUAGUGAAUCGCUAA